AUGCAUCCCCUGCAGAGUCUUGGGCGAUCUCCUGCAGGCUACGGCGCUGGAGGCUCCAGCGAUCACUUGUGGCGCCUCUACUACGAUGACAACUUCUUGACGACGCAGAAGGAGCCCAAUCGAGCGGCGAGAGCCCUGCUAGGCUACCAGUCGUUGGGGAGCUUCGUCAUUUCUUGCUUUGACAGGAGCACCGGGUCUGAGCGGCCAAUCAGCCGGAAGGAGGUGGCUGACCUCAUCAUGCGGCGGCAGCAAGGUGGUGAUGCCGAAAGGAUCAGCCGGGAACACGAGGAUCAAAAGGCCCGCAUGGAGACCUUCUCACAGAUGGGAGGGAAGACCGUCGAGCUGAAUACAGUGCUAAAGGCAAAAGCCGUGCUGCAGCCACAUCAGCUCCAAGUCGCGGGACCUAAGCAGGGCCUUGGCGUCAUGGCCGCCAUCGGAAAGCCGGAGGUGUCGGAGCACGGCGAGGUGUUCAAGUCUCGCCCCUAUGUGGAUGGUGCCAAGACCUUGAUUGGUGGCCAGGUGAAGCCUUGGCCGGGGAUUUUCUCGGAGAUCUUUUCCCCGGUCUACUGCUCCGAGACCGGGGCGGUGCAGGCGGCCGCGAAGGCCUGGGACCUGGGCCGCGGCGAGUGGCCCCGGAAGACCCUGGAGCAGCGCGUGGCGGCGGUGCGAUUGUGUCACGUCGGCCUGCAGGAGAUCAGGGAAAAGAUUGUCACUGUCUUGCAGUGGGAAAUUUGCAAGAACGAUGCCGAUGCGGCGAAGGAGUUCGAUCGCACCGUUGACUUCAUCCAGGCCCUGAUCGCGACAGCUCGGAGGAUGGACUCGACCGGCCCAGUCUGCCAGGAAGGAGUGCAUGCUCUGCUCAAGCGCUCUCCAGUGGGGGUCAUGAUGAACAUGGGCCCGUCCAACUAUCCCUUCAACGAGACCUACGCCACGCUGAUCCCUGCACUGCUCAUUGGGGACUCUGUGGUCAUGAAGGUGCCAAAUACUGGCGGCCUCGCACACUUCCUGACGAUGGAGGCCUAUGCCGAGUGCUUCCCUGCCGGUGUAGUGAACUUCGUCUCCGGCCGCGGCCGCGACACGAUGCCGCCCUGCAUGGAGUCCGGGCUGGUGGAUAUCUUCGCCUUCAUCGGCUCCUCAAAGGCAGCGGAUGCGCUUGUCAAGGCACACCCACAGCCACAUCGCUUGAAAAACCUGUUGUCCCUGGAUGCGAAGAACUUGGCCAUCGUCGAGGCUGGGGAUGAGUGGCUGGUAGAUGAAGUGCAGCAGUCUGCCCAGCAUAUCACAGUGACAGAGGCAGGGUUGCAGCACGGAGACAUGUUGAUGCUACAUGCCGAACCUCUUUCUAUGGCAGCAACCUCUGACACUUUCGCUGCAGUCCGCGGCGAUGGAGCCCUGGUGAGUUGGGGCAGAACAGCCGGAGAUCAGCCCGUUCAGACCACUCUACCUGUGGGCCCAAGGCCGAGCCGCCACCAGGACGCGUUGCAGGAUGUGCGGCAGGUCCGGGCUACGACCUUUAGAGAGAAGGUCGAAGGCGGGGGUUUCGCCGCUCUGCUCAUGGACGGAUCUGUUGUGACUUGGGGUGAUAGGGCGCGGGGUGGGUGCAGUAAAACCGCGCAGAAGAACUUGCGAGACGUGCGGUCCCUUCAUGCCAAUGACUUUUCUUUUGCUGCAAUUCUCAGCAGCGGAUCUGUGGUGACUUGGGGCCACCCCUCGUACGGAGGUGACAGUACCGGAGUAGCAGACGCCCUUGUCGACGUGCAGACGGUCCAUGCCACGGCUCGUGCUUUUGCUGCUCUACGAGCCGAUGGGAGCGUGGUGACCUGGGGUUCGCCUGAUUCUGGUGCGGACAGCCGGGAAGUCCAGCACAGUCUUCGAAGUGUGCGGCAAAUACAAGCGACUCGCCAUGCCUUCGCAGCUGUUUUGACCACUGGCUCUGUGGUGACCUGGGGCAAUGCUGCCUUUGGUGGUGAUAGCAAGGAAGUCCAGGUCCAGCUGAGUCACGUAAAUCAGGUCGCAUCCACGGAUUUUGCUUUCGCUGCUUUGCUUGCCGGUGGGUCGGUGGUGACUUGGGGUUCUCCGUUCUUUGGUGGUUUCAGCAGUGGCAUCCAGGAAGAACUAAAAGCGGUGCGAGAGGUGCACUCGAACGACUUUGCUUUUGCAGCUUGUCUUGAGAAUGGGUCCAUUGUCACCUGGGGGACUCCGUCCAGCGGCGGCAACAGCAGCGCCAUACGGGAUCAGCUCCAGAAUGUGCAGCAGAUCAGUGCAUCUUCCGGAGCAUUCGCUGCCCUUCUGGUAGAUGGAUCUGUCGUUACUUGGGGCAACAAAAUGGAUGGGGGGGACUGCAGUAGGGUGAAGGACAAGUUGAAGCAUGUUCAGCAACUGCACGGCGGGCCUCAUGCUUUUGCUGCAGUCCUGGGUGAUGGAUCUGUUGUGACCUGGGGUGAUCCUGCCUCUGGUGGUGAUAGCAGCUCUGUUCAAAACCAGCUCAAGCCUCCUUCGCUGCCAAGACGGGUCCGGACUGCUCCGAGUGACGGCAAUGGAGGUACAGUCGUUACAAGAUCCAGCUACCACAUUCUUUGCAUGUCCUUUACCAAGUCGGUUCCCGGUCAGUGCCACCACAGAGAGGCAACAAAGAACACGCGAGUGAGAAGCGCGGACAUCGAUCCAGGGCUGUCAGACGCCGACAAUGUGAUGCCAGACGCGGACAUCGAUCUUGCGGUGAAGGAAUGCCUCGCCGGCAGCACAUCCUUCAACGGCCAGCGAUGCACAGCCAUCAAGCUCAUCAUGGCCCAUCGGAGUAUCGCCGAGACGUUCAACCAGAAGUUCUGCGCAGCCAUUGGAGGUCUGUCAGUGGGCCUUCCUUUCGGAAAGAACAAUGUCACUCCGAUGGCGUGCACGGGCACGGACUUCCUGAAGCAGUUGACGGAGGAUGCCGUGGCGAAAGGGGCACAAGUGCUGAACGCUGGAUCCGGCGGCGCGCACUGCGACCGAACGCUCUUCGCACCGACGGUCCUGUACCCUGUGACCGCGGAGAUGCAGUUGUGGACGGCCGAACAGUUCGGCCCCGUGAUCCCCAUCGCCCCAUACGACAACAUCCAGGAGCCUAUCGAAUGGCUGAGAAAGAUGCACUUUGGCCAGCAGACCGCCAUCUUCACUUCGCAGGAUGGGGCCGCCCCGCCCUCUGCUGAGUUCGCAGAGCUCUUGGAUAUGUGUGCGCUCUGCACCUGCCGGGUGAACAUCAACGCGCAAUGCCAGUGUGGACCAGACGUGUAUCCCUUUGCGGGCCGCCGCUCCUCUGCGAUGGGAACCAUUUCGGUGGAGGAGGUGCUGCGAGCUGUUAGCGUGGACACCAUGAUUGCCUGCAAGAAUCCGGAGGCGGGUGCGCAAUGGUGGGGAAUAUGGAGUCUCGGACUUGUCAGUCCUGAGGCGUGCCGCGCAGGGCUCGAGUGUCUUCGCACGCUUUUGAGGCCGCCAGAUGCCAAAGGGCGACGGCUCCAGCCCCACAUCGUUAGGCGGGCACAGCCGAAACUGGAUACGAAUGUUCACGAAAAUGUGCAUCUGCUCGUGUCUCCCUCGCGCUUUGUUGGCAUGGUGAUGGUGAUGUCCCAUGCUCUCCUGCAGGCUUUCCUCCUUAAGUCGCUGGUCUUGACCACGGCAGGUUACGUCGGCAUGUGCUACCUGACGACAGGAAGCUUUGAUUCCCCCGGUGUGGCUGGUGGAGAAGUUGAAGACUCCGAGUCAGAGUCAGCCUGGCCGUCUCAGAUGGCACAAGCGGUGAUCGCGGCCGCCCCCGCGGAAAAGGGAGAGCUUGGACCCUUUGCCUCCACGAUCGCUGGACUUGUUGGACGCGAGAAGGCCGCUGAUCUCCUCGCCGACAUCGCCUCAGAUACGGCCAAUAGCCGCGCGUGGGCAUACUGGUUCCCAGCUGACGCAAAGGUGCAGACAGCGGAAACCAUCUGGGAGGCUCUGGAGAUCCGGUCUUUCAAGCUGGAGGAAGGCUGUGAGGAAGGAGUUCCGAGUCGCCAAUUCCGAUCUCUUUGUGCCAUCGCUCGCAGCCCAUCCAAGAAGCCUCUCGCCGAUGACGCCGCGGCAUCCUUCUACGCUCGGGAGCGCUUUGCUCAGGCUCACGAAGCCAUGAAGCAGCUUGCGGUCAUGGCCACGAGGAACCUCAGCUCGGCGCCAAGCCCGCAUGUCGAAGGGGUUCUGGAUUCCGUGCGCUUCCGCGCGGAGCUCUUCGAUCAGGAGGUCUUCAGCACUUCGGCCAUGUCCUGUGCCAACUUGUCCUCAGCCCUGGUCUCGCUGACAUUGCCUCAAGGCUGUCGGUCACUCGAAGCGGGGAUCUACGUUGCCAUGCUUGAAGAGGACAUUGGGGCCCUGGUUGCGAUCUGCGCCGCGGGCUGCUCACCAGUUCGGGGUCCGAGCACUGGUGCUAACAUUGGUUUUCCUCCGUGGGGCGGCGUUUUCAGGUCCCUGACCAUGCAGCUAACACCAGCCGCUGCUCCUCUUCCGGCAGCUGUGGUUCCAGCUGCACUGCGUGUCCCAUGUAGCGUUGCGCCAGUCUCUGCACGGCCGAAGGAUGGAGCAUCAUGUGCCAUCGGGGCAGCUGCAGCCCUCGCAGCUGCCUCUUAUGUGCGAAAGGCACGUACCGCGAAUGUGGGCCGUUGGCAGCAGAUGCCUCAGCACCAGGCGGCCGAGGAUAGCGACAAGAACAAGUCACCUACCCCUUCGGCGCGGGAUGCCGCCAAAUAUGCUGCCUUCUUGAAGAAAUUCGCCAACAAGUAUGGAGAAGGCUCCAUCAUCGAUAUGAACAAGAUGACGGCGGAUGUGCCAACGUUCUCUACAGGUGCCCUUACGCUGGACAUGAAGCUGGGCGGCGGCUUACCUUACGGUCGGAUUGUUGAGGUCUUCGGCCCGGAGCAAAGUGGCAAGACAACCCUUGCACUGUCUUCCGCGCACCAGGUGCAGAAGCACGGCAAUCGCAAGCGCGUGGCCUUCAUCGAUGCUGAGCAGGCGUUGGACACUCACUAUGCACAGGCAAUGGGCAUCGAUAUGUCUCAGGAGCACUUCAGAUUGAUCACCGCGGGUUUCGCUGAGGAGGCAUGCGACCAGAUGCUUGAUGCUAUUCAAUCCGGGUGCUUCGACCUCGUGGUCCUGGACAGCGUGGCUGCCCUCACUCCAAUGGAAGAGUUGGAGAAGGAUAUGACACAGAACACCAUCGGGCUGAAAGCGCGGAUCAUGAGCAAGUUCCUGCCGAAGGCUGCGAAGUAUGCUGCAGACUCGAACACUUGCCUGCUGAUGAUCAACCAGACCAGAGCCAACAUUGGAGGCUAUGGAAGUCCUGAGACGACUUGUGGUGGUAAAGCGCUGCCGUAUUUCGCAAGCAUGCGCUUGGAG